AGUCGGUAUGAUCCAUCUAUUCAAGAACCCAGUAAAGAAGAUUGAUUUAGAGGCUGAAUUGUUGCCGAGUUUUCGUAAGGUAUGCACCCUGCUGAACACCCAAGUUUUCAACGGUAAUCAGACAGAAGCACCGAUGGAUGAGCAGGUCUAUCCACACUUACUAGGCUAAAUAUUUGGUUGUGUAUCUCUUUAUUGAAAUCACAUCACAAACUGACAUUUUUAAUCUAAAGUCUUUUUCAACGUCUGGACAUAAAAAAUGGGUUGUUCCCCAUCCAAAGGUCAUCUCUUCCCAGGGAUCCCAGAUGGGGUACACAAGGCUCUGCUGCCAGUACCACCAGAGGUGGGUAACAUCAAGCCUGUUGAGGGAGAAAACCAAGAUAUUAACAAUACGGAUAUUGACGAAGAAGUGGAGGAACUCCCACUAUCAGCUGAAGAGGAAAAUCCUAUGGGCGCCCUGGGAACAGUGGCGGACAUGGCCCCCAACACAGCCGUUGUGUCAAACCUAGGGGCCGUCUCUCAAAUAGAGGUCAAAAUGACAUCACAGGUGAGAAACACACAGAGUGAGGAGUUACCGGAAAAGCAGGCAAAAAAGGUCAAGAAGCGAAGGAAGAAUAAGGGCGUCAAACGAGGCUGCCGAAAAGAAAAGGAGACAAACACCUCAAUCAUCCAGGGGAAGGUGGACCUUCCCAUGCACAUGGUGAGAGCUCACCAGGCCGCCUACGAAUACCUGAACCCCAACAUCUCCAAGUGUGAGACCCUGCUGGGGCUGCUGGACCAGGCCGCCCAGACCCAGCUCUCCCUGCAGCCCAUGAUGACAGCCAUUGUGAUGCGCUUCGAGGAGGUCAACCAGGCCCUGGAGGAAAUGGCUGAGGAAGGGGAGCUGAUGCUGAAGGAGCAUGGCAACCACAUGGCCUGGCCAUCCGAGAUAAGGGACCCAGCUCCCACCCCCUCCAAGCCCAAUGCUGACCCAUCAGAAACCCCCCCAGACCUGCUGCAGCUGCUGCUCCAGCAUUCUACUGAAAAGAUGAAGCUGGUGGGGAGCUCGAUCCAAGGCCUGGGAGACACCGCUCUGGAAGAGGCGGCAGACUUCUUCGCCUCGCUAUCUAGACUACUGGGAGAGAGGCUGCAGGCCAAGCGGGCAGUAGAGGAGCGUCUGACCCAGGUGCUGGCGCGAGUGGAGGCAGCUGCCAAGUGCAACCUCGAUGACUUGUCCCUGCACAGCGAGGACAGUGGCAUCGGGGGAGAGAACGAGUCACUGAUGGGAUCAGAGCGCCACCGUCGUCAAUGGGGGAGUUCUGGGUCCGGUGGCAGUGCACGCCCCACACCCCCAAGCCAUUCACCUGACCAGGUAUGCCUUAACGAAGGUGAGGAGGGGGAAGAAAAUGAGGAAGAGGAUGAUGAUAAUGAAGAUGAGGAGGAUGAAGAGGAAGAGAGGUCAGGGAGGGUGCGGUCCAACUCAUCCCCGCCAGACCCCAUACAGAACACCAAGCACAGCAAAGGGCAGCCACCCAAACGACCCCAGACAGCUGCCCCCUUGGGCAGGCCGGUGAGACCACCACGGUCACUGUCCAUAGAAUCUCUACAUGUUCAGGAGCUGCAACAGAAAGACCUGGACCGACGGAAGGGAAACAACUCUCUGAGAAGAUACUCUUCAGGGGGGCAGAGGGUUGCUAGAUAUGGACUCAAAGGGUCCACAAAGGCAAACCAAGCACCAAAUUCACUACCAGCGAUAGCACCACAACCCCCUGGUCGCAACUCCGUCAAAAGACUCAUAAACACAUUCAGUGGUGGGGUGGACGGCAGACCAGGCCAAAGUCUCCCUAGUGCACACCUUAGGGGGUCUAGGAGCAGUGGAACUCCCCUCUUACCCGACAUUGGAAGUGGAGAGGACAUUGUCAAUGGUAACAACAAUAAGAACAUCUGGGCAGCGGAAGGCGGGGAGGGCCUGGAUGAUGACAACCUGCCCCCCCCCCCCCCUGAGGUUCUGAUGGACAAUUCCUAUGAGAGCAAUGAGGAAAACCCGGAUGAUGAGGAAGGGGAAGAGGAGGACACCGACAGUAGGGGCCACCCUGUGCCACGCCAAAGGAGCACCGCCUCUCAGCGCCUGAGGGCCUCGUUGCAGAACAUGACGGUGCUGCCCAACCGUGGAAGUGUCGGACCAAUCAGACAGGAUCCCGAGACGAGGGGUGGACAGCAGCCAGCAUCUGAAGGUGACCAAGAGAAUGAGCAGGCCGCCUCUCUCUACCAUAAGGCCCGCAAGAUCAUCCACCUUCGCAACGCAGCUGAAUCCGCUGCAAACAAACCUGACCAGGGGGUUCGAGGACCCCUUAGAGCUGGGGUGAGUCUCAGGCAUGGAAGCAGCAACCCCUAUGAGGGGGAGUAUUACCCCACCAGCAUGCCACCGACCGUCCCACCAGUCUCCAGAGUUCGUCUACCACCCUCUUGUCCCUCUACACACCACAGACUACCAAGCCCCCCUGCUUUCGCACAGCCUAAUCCACCCUCACGUCCACCCUCUCCCCGGGUCUUGAGAUGGAGCAAGGAGGACAGUGGUGAAGACAUGUCACCCUCAGUGUCCUUCAACGAUGCUCGAUCUGUGUUCUGUCAAAAUAGCCAAACCAACUCCCAGAGCUGGACCCCCCACUAUAGCUCUACGCUCCCCAGACCCUAUGGUGAGCCCUCCCGGGGAAGGCUGUCCACACGCGGGUCCCAGACUGUCAGUCGGCGCAGCCAGUCUGACCAGAGACCCAGCCUGACAACACAACAACAGGAUUUGUCCAACCCAGGCACACCACGGGGCCGGACACGAGGAAGUGAGCCAAAUAUGUCCAAAAGCAGUGAUAGGAUGGUCAAUGGUCUUGUGAUGGAAGGGGACAACCAAUCAGAUCCAAGUGCUGUUGAUACUGAUUUGGAUCCUGAGCAGUAGUGCAUGGCAGUCUGCCAGGGCAGAAUCUACCAAGCGAAUUAGAGGGUGAGGACUGAGCAUAGAAAGGGAUUAUGGAUUAGGAGGACUCUUAAGGCUAAGACUUCCCUUCUAAUGAGAAGAGAAGGGGCUUAUUCUAAGAAAGUGUGUUAGGUAAUUGACCAUGCCUCUCCCUCAGAUUGCUUGACUGCAAUAGAGAAAAGGUUGAAAUACAGUGUACAUGUUUUGGUCUAUCUAUUACGUCCUCUGAUAUGAUGUUUUGUAAUACAGUAAUUACUGAAAACAAAAAAAUAUUUUGGGAUAUGUUGAUUUAUUGAAGAAUAAUAACGAGUGUACGUUGCGAUCUGUCAGUACAUUUGUGGAAAUUAAAAUCAAUGUAAUAUACUGUAUUGACUAAGACUAAUUAUAUAUUGGUGAAUAGGUAAAAUUAUUUGUUUGUUGUCCACGUCCUAUUGUUUUUGAAUUAGCAUUUUGUGUUUGAACUGUUGGUAUUGUUGUUAUACAGUAACUACAGAGUUUGUUUACAAAUGUUGUUUUAUUAUUAUUUCGUAGUUUCACCUUUGUAUUUUGUUUAUUUCUGUUUUUUUCUACCUGUUCCCAAUAAAAAAAAUACA